AUGGAACAGGUACGUAGAUACGAAGACCGGCGAGGUGCCGGAGGCAGAGACGAACUGCCUAAUGACAUCAAGAUCUCGAUAGUGGAAAGCAUUUGCCCAGUCGAACUGGAGAAGCAUUUGCAAUUCAAUCGACAGAGAUGCGACACUUUCGAAGCUGUCUACGAAGAAAUCUCUUCGUAUCUUGCGACAAGAGUCGGGAUCAAACUCAAGAUUGGGUCAGGGAACAACCACUCAGGUGGUGAUCCCAUGGAUGUUGGAAGCUUUGGAAAAGAUGGAAAGGGAAAGAAAGGAUCCAAGGGCAAAGGAAAAGGUAAAGGAGGAAAGAACAACAAAGGACAAGGUAAAGGCAGUGGAGGAAAAGGAAAUAAGAACACAGACAAAGGCAAUUGCCACAUCUGUGGUAAGCCUGGCCAUUGGGCCAAUGAAUGCUGGCGCAACACUACAGGAGGAAAGAAACAGAAAGGAAAUGGAAAGAAAGGAGGUAAAGGAAAAGGAAAAGGAAAGACAAGAGGAGCAAACAACAUUGAGACAGCAGAGCAUGAGGAAGAGGAACCCAAGCAAGAGCCAGAAGCAGAAACAGGGAGAACCGAUAGUUUUCGCUCCUUUCGGGAUGAUGUUGCCAACGGCAGUAGAAAGGCAGACACGAGGAAGGUCGCCUACAAGAACCAUCAAAGGAAUGGGAAAAGAAAAGGGAAAAGGAAAAGGAAGAGGUGCAACAGAGGUGCCGAAGGCCGCUUCGGCCCCGGCAACCGCCAAAGUCACAGCACCCAAGCUCGGAAGUAUUCCUUGCGGAAGACCGAGCUAAUAGGCUUGCUGCAGAAGGAGCUGAUGAUGAAGACUGACGGGAGAGAGCGUCCAGAAACAACGUAUCGUCAGAACACCUUGAGGGCCUCGACUGGCCAAGACGAAGCCUGCAGCAGCUGCGACGACCGACAGAAGAGGAUGAAGAGCGUGGUUCGUGCUUUUGCAACCAUGUCGGUCAAGAAGAUUCGUGAGAGGCUCGCAGCUCAAAGGCAAAAGGAAGAAGACAAGAAAGACAAGAAGGAAAAGAAGGCCAAAAGAAACGAAGAAAGGGCCAGAAGAAAAGAAGAAAGGAAGCGCAGGAACAUGGUAGAGAUAAGUGAUGAUGAAAGUCUCUACGAGUGUGAAGAUGACCUUAAGGAGGUCGAGGCAGGUGCUGAAGCUGACAACGAGGAGGGAGCGACCAAGAAGCAGUUGAGGUCGCUACGACGCUUGCCCAAGAGCUUAGCCCUGCCGAAGACCCUGGAGAACCUGAAGAGGAAGAAACGAAGCCAGAAAAUCUUUCUGAACAGCUCGCCGUGGGCAGCUCAAGCCGAAUCGGCCGAAGACACUGCAAGUCACGAGCAAGCAGAGAAAGACCUAAAGGUGGUCUUGGAGAGAAUUGGAGUUCUCAAGAGCUACAUCCGGGACAACGACCAACACCGACCGGUGAAGCUCACGGAAGCUACAAUAAGGUUGGACAAAAGCUUCCACGACGUGCGCUACUACAAGGCGAUUGAGGCAGGAACUCAUCCCUGCAUAGCGUGGGUUGACGAGAAAAAGCCCCGAAGAGCCACCCUCUUUCGCAUGAAGACUUCGGCUGAGCGCGCAGCUAAAAGACAAGAGCUCGAGAACCGGUGGAUGGAGGAGUUUAGGUCUGGAACAGCAACAGAGGGAGAUUAUCAAGACGGUGACACCGAGCAGGUAGACAUCCCCGGAAUGGAAACAGAAGUGCUGUUACCCGGUUUUCGCGAGGAACUUCGCGAGGACGAGCUCGAGCUGCUCAACCGUCCCAAAGAUGCCAAGAGGACAGGCGCAAAGGACCUCAACAGUUUGGGCCGAGAGGCCCAUGAUACCAAUGGGGUAGUCACCUGGAACCUUGACACUGGUGCUGCAGCCAGUGCUGCAGCCAGUGUUAUGCCAAGUGAAAUGGCAAAGCAGCUUGGUGAAGCUGUGAAAGGUGAAGAGGACUUUGCGCAGGCGGUCAUACGCAGGGGUGUUAUUGUGAACCAACAUGCCGCCAUUCUCAUCCAGCGCAAUCAGAUUGUGCUUGCUGAUGCUGCUUCCAGCAGCAAGAGGCUUCACUCAAACCUUUCACGUGCACCUUACCUUGUAGAAAGAAAGCGAGAGAAGAAGACCAGAGAGAUUGAUGCUGAAGAAGUCGAAGAAAGUGGCGAUGGCGGUGUGGAAGUCGAAAGACCUAAAGUGAAAAGAGGACGGAAGGAUCCAUCAAGAGAAGAAAUUGAGGAGCACCUAGCCACCGCACAUGCCGUGCAUAGGUCGUGGUGCGGACACUGUGUCCGAGCCCGCGCAACCUUACACAGGCAUGGGUCCAACAAGGAUCCAGAGGAAGAGGAAGGCGCACUGCCAACAAUUGCAAUCGACUGUUUCUGGUACAGUGAAGAAAAGAAAGACACUGCCAAUCUUCACGUCAAAGACAACAAGAGCAAACAUGUGUGGGCUUCAGCAGUCCCACAGAAAGGAGUUGAUGACUAUGCAGUCAACUUCUUAAUCAACUGUCUGAAGGAGACAGGGUACCAAAGGUUGGUACUGAAAUCAGACAAUGAGAAUUCCAUCAAAGCUUUGAAAGAGAAGGUCAAGGCUGAAGUUCAAGGGAUAGAAGUUAUCCUGAAUGACGGACCUACUGGAGACAAGCAAGCCAAUGGACUUGCAGAGGUAGCCGUCAGAGAAACAAAGCGGCAAUCAAGAGCUCUUUUCAGUGAGCUUGAAGAGAGAUUGGGUAAGAUAGAACCAUCUCACCCAUUGCUCUUGUGGCUGUCAAGACAUGCCACGUUCUGCUUGAGCCGAUUCAAGAUCGGUGAUGAUGGCAAAACCCCGUACACCAGACUUACGGGUAGGAAGUGGAAAAGGCCAAUGGUCCAGUUCGGUGAAAGAGUGUGGUUUCGACCACUUACCGCAAGGGCGGAGACCUUGAAACCAAAGUGCUUGAGGGCCUAUACGUGCGCACCCAUGGAGGGAACGCAGAUGUGCUCUGCAUGA